AAGUCACAUUUUAACAGAGGAAAAUCGAUAAAAAUGGCGAUGGCGAUGGCGAGCGUGAGAUCUGGUCUCCUCCGAGCAACCCUUCGCGGCGGAUCUCGCCCUAUUGGUCCUCCCAAGCGGGGCUUCUCUUCCUCUUCUCAUCACGACGAUGCUUAUGAAACGGCAAAAUGGGAGAAGAUAACAUAUUUGGGUAUCGCUACAUGCACUGUUUUAGGCAUUUAUAAUCUAUCAAAAGGCCAUCCCCACCAUGAAGAACCUCCUGCGUACCCAUAUUUGCACAUUCGCAACAAGGAGUUCCCAUGGGGUCCUGAUGGCCUUUUUGAGGUGAAGGAGCAUCACUAGGACAACAGAUGGUCUGAUUGACUUGCAUCUUCCCAAGCUUAUCACAUUUUUAUGAUUUUUCUGAGAUAUCAAUCAAAUAACUGUGUGGAUCUUUUCAUGUAAUUUUUAGCGCUUCCAUUUCUGUUUCUGGAUGUCUAUCGAGACUUUGCAUUGCAAGUUCAUAAGGUUUUCUGUAUGGAUGUGCCCACCAUACUCUGUUCCAGAAUAAUAAGAUCAAUGAACUGUUUGUGGAUCUUUUCGUUUCCAGUUUUCA